CUUAUCGCAGAAAUAUUUUUUCAUUGUAAAAUAUCAAUGAAAUUUUACAACCAUAUUAUGGUAUCAAAUUUACGUUUGGUUGUCUGACGAGAGAAGUGCGAGGGCGAACGAUAAAUAAUUAAAUCACCAACAAUUAUCGACCAUAAUUGUGUAUACGUAUUCGAUGCGUUCGCGGUUGUCAUAGUGACGACGCGAUGAAAUAUUUUUGAUAUUCACAUUAUGACAAUUAUCAUAUGCAACAACGCGAUGAACUAUACAUUGUUAGCAGUCUCUCAAGAUCGCGAUUCACCGUAGCAAUAAUUUAAGAAUGAGUGCGAUUCUUGGUGCGGGCGAUAGCAACGAGAACAUCAUUGUAUUCGAUGUGUCGAAAAAUGAGAGAAAACUGAAUGACGAGUUCAAGGUACUUCAACGAAAACUGAAGGCAAAGUGGAGAUUUAUUGAGAAUAAUGAAGUGAUAUCGCAAGAAUCAUUGACAAAUGCCAAAAUCUUAGUACUGCCAGGACCACUGGGUAAGUUUACAGAGCUCGAAAUGAAUUCUAUUAGGACCUUCUUAAAUUCUGGUGGUAAUGUCCUUGUCACACUUGGAGAGGGUGGUGAGAAUAAGUCUAAUACAAACAUCAAUUUUCUGCUGGAGGAAUUUGGUAUAAUGGUAAAUAAUGAUAGUGUAGCUCGCAUGAGUUAUAGUCAAACAAUGCAUCCCAAGGAAUCUCUUAUCUCCCAAGGCUUGUCAAACAAAUCUGUGUUUUUGAAGAAUCAUGACGAGUAUAUUGGAAUGAAAUUCUUGUAUCCUUAUGGUGCAACAUUAAAUGUGGUACAGCCAUCUAUUGUUGCUUUAUCCAGUGGAUCAAUUGCUAUUCCCAUGAAUAGACCAAUUUGUGCAUAUCAUUGUGUGAAAAACAGUGGUGGCAAGCUCAUUGUGCUGGGUUCAUCUAGAAUGUUGACGGACACUUAUAUAGAAAAGGAAAACAAUGAUGCAUUGCGAGAAAUGAUUUUUGACUUUUUUGAAUUAAAUGUCUCGGAAGUGGUAGAUCUUCAUACAGAUGAUAUAGAAUUUUGGGAAUACAAUUUCGUGCCAGAUAUAACGCAACAGGCUGAUAAUCCAAAAGUUUGCACGCAAGAUCUAGAUAAUAUUGACAUACCUUACGAGUAUACCAAAUUAUUUAAACAUCACUUUUAUUCUAUAAACUUGAAUAUGAUACCAGCUUGCAUAAAAGCAUAUGAGGCUUUAGGAGUAAAACACGAGCCGCUUACGUUGAUUCCACCUCAUUUUGAGGCGCCUCUACCUCCGACACAAGCUUCAGUGUUUCCUCCAAGCUUCCAAGAAUUACCACCACCUGCUUUAGAACUAUUUGAUCUGGAUGAAGCUUUCAGUUCAGAUUUGUUAAAACUAUCACAACUCACUAAUAAAUAUAUGGCAACGAAGGAGUUGUCAAAUGACAAGGAAUUAGAUCACUAUAUCAGGGAAUUUGGAAGUAUAAUAAGGAUAAAUAAUUCCGAUGCACAUACCGCUACAGAAGUGUUAAAUUCCGUUUUUCAGAAAAUCUGCAGUUACAAGGCAAUGCACGAUUGAAGUUUUUGUAUAGAAAAAAUAUUAUUUAUUAUAAAUAUUAUUUAUUAUAAAUAGCUGAUUUUAUAAACUCAUCGAUUAAUGUUCGUAAUAAAUAAAAAUGUUAAAUAUUUU